GCAGGCGAGGGGCGGGCCCCCGGGCCCCGCCCCCUCCUUUGCGUAUAUAAGGCUGUCGCGGCGGGUCGGGCGCUGGUGACGGGGAUCGCACGGAGCAGCAGGGACGGGGUGUCUGCGCCCCUCGGCGCGCCGCGCUCGGUGACCUCCUCACAAUGGCAGAUCACAUGAUGAUGUCAAUGAGCCAUGGAGUUACUGGGCUCCAGAAUUACCGCAUGGGAAUGAAUGGGCUGCAGGGACCCCCCCAGCAUGGGCAGCAUGUGCUAAGGACUCUACCUACGACCAACCAGAUGAUGCAGUACGGAGGGGCCAGCAUGGAUGGGAGCAUGAGGCCAAGACCCAAUAUCAAUGGACAAAUGGGCCACCAUCAAAUGCCGAACACUAUGAUGUUCAACAGUCCGAGCCAGCAGCAGCAGCAAUACAUGAGCCCUGUGGGCGCUCAGCAGCUUAUGGCCAGCAUGCACUUACAGAAACUCAACACCCAGUAUCAAGGGCACCCUCUAAUGGGCAUGAGCAAUGGUCCCAUGGCAGCAGGUGCACAGCAAUACAGAGUGGUGCCCAGUCAGCACCCUGGCAUGCAGCACAUGCCCUCACCAGCUCUGACCUUGAAUGUUAUGGACACUGAUCUCAUAGAUGAGGAGGUCUUGACAUCUCUGGUCCAGGAACUGGGUUUGGACCGGAUUCAGGAGCUGCCUGAGCUCUUCUUGGGACAGAACGAAUUUGACUUCAUUUCAGACUUUGUCAGCAAACAGCAGCCCAGUGCCAUCAGCUGCUGAGGGGCUUGGGGCUCAGCCUUUUCCUUUUGGUGGCUUGAUUUCCCCCUCUUUCCCACCACCUCCCCCAAAACAAUCAUUGGAUGCUGAUGGCUUGCACUGGAUUGCUUUCUCUUUUCCGUGUGGGAGUUGUUUUUCUUGUUUGGGAAUGGGAGGGGAAGCAGGUUCUGGUGACCCGGACAGAGUGAAAACGAAAUCUUGCAGUAGGAUCAUCCUAAAUGGCAUGAACAAGUUUUGUCUUCAGCAGAAACAAUGGACUACUUAAAGUGACGCUCAUGACUUUCCAUGUCUAGGCUUCCAAGUGCCAGGGUAGAAGGACAGCGCGGUGCUGCUGCCACUAGUGGGCUUUUGUUCUAGGUUUUGGCGUUUGCCAGUGAAGUUCACAAACUUUAUUUGUGAUUAAAAUCCUGUAAUGGCUUGUGUGUCUGAACCUCCACUAUCUCACAUUGCAAAGAGGGGCUUUGGUUUGGGGUUUGUUGGUAGCUGGCUUUUUGUCUUAAAAUCAAAUCCCUUCCUUCCCCACAAUACUAUGAUGUUUAACAGGUCUUGAAUCUUCCUUUUCUACUUUGACUUGAAAAGGGAUCACUUCUCCCUCCAUCAGGUUAUUACUAUUUUAUUGUCUUAGCUGCACAAAAUGUGUCUCCAGGGAAGGUGAUGUAUAGGUAUGUGCCUAAACCUCUGUAGAAUUUGGAUCUUUUAACUUGUACAGCUAAUCAACUGUAAAACUACUAAGUGUUCAGACUAAUUCAGAUGUAAGGCUUAAAGCUGCAGUCAAGCUCCAUUUUCUCUGCCUCUGAAACCAAAUAAAAUCCAUGUAAUUGUAUAUUCCUGGCCUAAUCUUAUUUAUUCUUCUUCUAAUCAUUAUUUAUUAGAAAGGGCUCCAUUUGUUUGGCUUUGAGACUGUUGGGAAUGACUAAAGGGCUUACUGCAGUUUUAAGAUGCUGGCUUUUUUUAAAAAGGACUGGAACAGCUACAUGUUUCUUCCAAACAGCCAUGCACAAGGUUAUUUCAGCAGCAUAAUUUUGUGAUGAAUAUGUAGGACCUUGUAAACCAACCCACCCCCUCCCCGAUGUGAUAAAGGAUGACUUGACUUUUAAUUACAUUGCUCAGAAAAGGUUAAAUGUAAAAGCUAGUGGGUUUUUUGUUUCCUCUUGUCUCUUGUUUCCAGGCUUUGGAAAGUGGAAAGCUCAUUGUGUCAACUUUUAGUUGCUACUGCCCCCUGCUGCUGAGAGUACAUGGCAGCACAUCAUUGUUGAUCAAUGAAGUGAGAAUGUACAGAUUAAUUUUAAAAUAAAAGCUAAAACUCUUAA